AUGGGCACAGGCAUGCGCGCCGGCUCCUCGAGCCGCAGCGGCACCAGGCCGGCCGGCGUCAGGGCCUCCUCGACGACGACCAUGGCUCGCCACGCGUCGGUCCUGCGCGGCGCCGCCCUCGAUCGCAGCGGCGCCGUGUCGCCCGCCGAGUCUGCCUCGACAUCGGGCACGAAACGCAAGGCGCGCGACCUCGAGUCCGAGGCCGGCGGCGAGGAGACCAACAUUAACGUCGUGGUGCGCUGCCGAGGCCGCAACAAGCGCGAGGUCAAGGAGAACAGCACCGUCGUCGUCAGGACCGACGGCGUCAAGGGCAAGCUCGUCGAGCUGUCCAUGGGCGCCAACUCGCUCAGCAACAAGACGUACAACUUUGACCGCGUCUUUUCCCCCGCUGCCGAUCAGAACAUGGUCUUUGAUGACACGGUCAAGCCCAUUCUCGAAGAGAUGCUUGCCGGCUACAACUGCACCAUCUUCGCCUACGGCCAGACAGGCACGGGAAAGACGUACACAAUGUCGGGAGACAUGGAGGAGACCAUGGGCAUGCUCUCGGACGAGGCCGGCAUCAUCCCCCGCGUCCUCCAGCAGCUCUUCAACAAGCUCGAGCGCGACGACACGGAAAACUGCGUCAAGUGCUCCUUCAUCGAGCUCUACAACGAGGAGCUGCGCGACCUGCUCUCCGUCGAGGAAAACGCAAAGCUCAAGAUCUUCGACGACGUCUCGAGAAAGGGCCACGCCGGCACCAUCAUCCAGGGCAUGGAGGAAAAGCACAUCAAGAACGCACCCGAGGGUAUCAAGGUGCUCCAGGACGGCAGCUUGAAACGCCAGGUCGCCGCCACAAAGUGCAACGACCUCAGCUCCCGCAGCCACACUGUCUUCACCAUCACCGCCUACGUCAAAAAGACAAACGAGCACGGCGUCGACGACUUUGUCAGCGCCGGCAAGCUCAACCUCGUCGACCUCGCCGGCAGCGAAAACAUCCAGCGCUCCGGCGCCGAGAACAAGCGCGCCGCAGAGGCCGGCCUCAUCAACAAGUCGCUGCUCACCCUCGGCCGCGUCAUCAAUGCCCUCGUCGACCGCGGCGCCCACAUCCCCUACCGCGAGUCCAAGCUCACGCGCCUGCUGCAAGACUCGCUGGGCGGCCGCACCAAGACGUGCAUCAUCGCAACCGUCUCCACGGCCAAGAGCAACCUGGAGGAGACCAUGUCCACCCUCGACUACGCCUUUCGCGCCAAGAACAUCCGGAACAAGCCCCAGCUCAACCCCAUGCUCAACAAGAAGAUGCUCCUCAAGGACUUUGCCAACGAAAUCGAAAAGCUCAAGAGCGAGCUCAUCUCGACCCGCCAGCGCAACGGCGUCUACAUGUCCAACGACAUGUACGAGGAGAUGACGGCGCAGAGCGAGUCUCGAAGGAUCGUCCUCGAGGAGCAGGCCGCCAAGAUCGAGACGCUCGAGACGAACCUUCGCAACAAGGUCCAGGAGCUCUUUUCCCUCAACACGGCCUUCUUGGGCCUCAGGAAGGAUCACGAGGGAACGAAGUUCCAGCUCGACGACACAAAGUGCGUGCUCGACCAGACCGAGAUCGUCCUCAACGCCACGCGCAUCUCCCUGGCCGAAGAGACGCAGCUGAGAAAGGCGCACGAGCAGACCGAGGAGAAGCUCACCGAGAUCGGAGGUGAGCUCAUCGGCAAGCUCAAGAAGACGGUGCACGACGUCAGCGGGCUCCACGCCAAGAACAAGCGCAAGUCGGAUCUGCAGUCGCUCAACCGUGCCGCCUGGGGCACCUCCCAGGCACAGGUGGCCGACGUUACCUCCAUGGUCGAGCGGCGCGUGCUCGAGUUCCAGGACGAGCAGCUUGAGCACAUUGCCAGUGUCUCGAGGCGCAUGGGCGACUUUGUCGGCGAGGAGCUCAGCAAGCUGUCGGCGACGCAGGCCUUCCUCGACGAGCACCUCAAUGUCUUUGUCGACUCCAAGCGGCAGAUGCUGGAGCAGCGGCAGAAGUCAAAGGACGACAUGGACGACGUCUUGGAGGAAAUCAAGGCCAUUCGCGACAAUGUCAAGGACAAGAUGGGCGAGAGCCUGCGCGUCAUCUCCCAUGCCGCCGAGAAGAUUUCGGCCGACGUCUUGAACGAACUGACCAAUCUGCAUGGCACUCUACAUAACUCCUACAGCUCUCUCGGCAAAGACUUCAAGUCCAUCUUCGAGGACCUCGUCAGGCACCUUACCGCUCAGCGGAGCGAGGCAGACACCCUUCGCCUGCAGCUGCAAAGCGCCACGAGCGCCAGCGUGCUGCAGAACGCGAGCUUGACCACGCGCGUCCAGGAUGCCUUGGAAGAGGAGCGCCGACAAGCAGCCGAGGACCGCCAGAAGCUGAUGACGCAGAUCACCUCCUUGGUGCACGCUCAGGCCGAGUCGCAAGAGGCGCGCAUGUCGGAGCGGGCGUCGCAGAUGCAGAAACUCGUGGCCGACUCGAGCGCGUCUCUCGAAGGGGCCGCCACCCAAUACGGCCAGGGCAUGGAGGCGUGGGAUGAAAAGGAGAGCCAGCUGCUGGAGGAUGUUAAGAAGUCGCGCGACCAGCUCAAGACCAAGCUCAAGGACGACUGGACGGCGGCCAACGAGCAGAGCAUGACCAUCCAAAACACGGCCAAGUCGGUUCACGCCGAGACUGUGCGCGUGGUCGACGAGCAGGUCGAGGACCUGGACGCUCAGAUGGAGGCGCUCGAUGACUUUGUCGCCCGGGCCCGGUCAGAGAACACCAGCCAUUACGAGACUCACUCGCAGUCUGUUCAGGCGCUGUCGAAUGCUGUGGAACAGUCGUUUGGUAACAUCUCGGCCCACUUCAAGACAACGUUUGACCGGGUUAAGAACCUGGGCGAGGAAAUGGAGCUGGACGCAAACGACUUGCAGGACGGGAUCGAGCCCCUCGAGAUGCACGUGUGCCAGCCGCUGGCCAACCUGCGCGAGGGCAUCGCCUCGGCGUCGCUGCAGGAAUACCAGCCCACGGGCGAAACACCGCAAAAGACGCUUUACACGUAUCCCACCAAACUGCCGCGGACCGAGCCCCCCGACCUGCUCAUGGCCAGGAUCGACGAGGCGUCUCCGCUGGACGAGGGGGAAGACAACGACAACGACGGCACGGAGCUCGAAGAUAGCAUCUUGUCGCCCCCGGAGGCGGCCCCCGGCGCACGCAAGAUGACGCCGCCCCUGUCGCGCGCCCGCCGGCCGUCGACCGCCUGCAGCCCGGAGGGGAACCCGCUGAGCAUGAGCCUUCGCGAGGUGAGCCCCAACGUGGCGGCGGCGUCCAGGGCCAACAUGACGACGGGUAGCCUAGGCUUUGACGGCCGCGCGAGCACCGCGUCCGUGCCGGCGGACCUGACGGUGCCCAUCGUCAAGCGCACGCGCGCGAGCCUUAGGAGGCAGGGUCAGGGGGUCGUGGUGGUGGCCGAGGGCUGGGAGAACGUGCCGCUGACGGCGGAUGCGUUUUCGCAGAGCUCGUCGUCGAGGCGCAAGAGUCCGCGCCUCAAGUGA